AUGGAAACAAUUGAAAAGGUAAAAAAAUUAGGUAGCUGAAGAAUGAAUUAGCGUUUUGUUUCAGAGAACAUCACGCCCAUCGAUCCCACUGGCCGACGAAUACUCUCCUUCGAAGCCAGAACCUCAAUCUCGCCCUCAUACGGUAUCCAUACCGAUGAGAAGUAUGAGCACCCCAGCCGCCAGAAGUGUCCAACCCGAAAGAGUUACGAGAGCCCGCCCGCAAAUGCCAUUGAGCUUGUCCGACGAUGAAGAAGCCGGCGCCGACGACGGAAUGGAUUGCACGUAG